AUGCUCUGGAAACUUGCCUUAUCUGUUUUUCUGGUGGCGAUCUUGGUUAAAGUAACAGAUACCAGGAAAAACCGUCCUGCAGGAGCAAUUCCAUCUCCCUACAAAGACAGCACAAGCAACAACUCAGAGAGGAGGCAGCAUCUGAACAAAGAAGUACUGGCCUCCAGCCAGGAGGCCCUGGUGGUCACUGAGAGGAAGUACCUUAAAAGUGACUGGUGCAAAACCCAACCCCUGCGGCAGACUGUCAGCGAGGAGGGCUGCAUAAGCCGCACCAUCAUCAACCGUUUCUGCUAUGGCCAGUGCAACUCCUUCUAUAUCCCCCGGCAUGUGAAAAAGGAUGAGGAAUCCUUCCAGUCCUGUGCUUUCUGCAAGCCUCAGAAAGUCACCUCCUUCACGGUGGAGCUGGAGUGCCCUGAGCUGGAUCCACCUUUCCGACUCAAGAAAAUCCAGAAAGUCAAGCAGUGCAGGUGUAUGUCUGUGAACCUCAGCAACUCGGACAAACAGUGA